AUGUCACCGCCAAGCUCCACCUUUGUAGAUCCUCAAGUACAUAACAUAGCAGGUCGUCACGCUGCAGAAAUGAACAAAGAAACGACGAACCCAAGCAAGCCAGGAAAGCGCAAAAGAGGUGCUGCAAUGACUGAAGAGCAGAGAAUAGCAAACUGUAUAAGCACGAAGAAGUAUAGGGAUAAGGUGAAACUAACCAACAAGGAAGUAUUUACAGAAUAUGAGAAACAAAGAUAUCAAAAACGAAAAGCAGCAAUGAUGCAAUUAUCAUCUGAGGAGCAAGCGAAUAUUAAAGCUAAAAAGAAAGAAGCCGAUAAACGUUACAGAGAAAAUCUUAAAAAAAGGAUCGGGCAUACCAAGUUUACGACUGUCCAUAUGCAAAAUUACCGUCGCUUAGAAGAAACAAGUCAGCUGACUGAUGCACAAAAGCGAGAGAGAGAAAAGCAUUUAGAAGCAAAUCACCAUACCAGUAAUCAUUCGAUGCAAAUCCUACUCCUCCUUCUGCUAUCUUUGGUCUUUAUACCACUUGUGGCUUUUGCCUGGUCAGAGACAUCUACUGGUGCAUUUAAUCCACCAUAUAUAGCUUUGCAUGACGAUGCAACAUCUACUUUUAAGCCAAACAGUGAUGGGGUACACUUAGAGAAGUCACAAGCGAGACCAUCAAAGAAACGCAAAGAGCUACCAGAUUUGAAUAAAUCUCCUCCUGUAAGUGAAGCAGAAGAGUUCACGGAAAGGAAGAAGCGGGUCUUGACGAAGAACCGCUAUAGGACUGCAGCUUCUGCCCUCUCUAUUAAAGAGAUUGCGAAGCAAAAACGUAAAAUCAAAUACCAAGAAGAAUGCGACAAGUUUAGGCGCUUGCCAGCUCAUAAAAAAGAAGAAGCCAGAGUAAAAGCGGUAAACAAGUCCAGAAAAUAUCGAGAAAAAUUGAAAUUGAAAACCGGCGUUACAAGUAAGAAAGUUUUACGUUUUCAAGAGUUACAAGCACUUCGUAAAACAGCAGGAAAUGGUUCCAAUGGAAGCUCUCCGAACACUCCGACUGACUUUGAUUGGACGUCAUAUUUAGUUGAUACAGAAGACCAUCCAUUGAUGUCACCAAUUGGUAGCUCUGUUCAAACUCAGCCUGUUGAUCAAUCAGGCAGUCAUCAAAAGGAUAAACAAGCUGUUUCUCAUGCCACUUCACUGGCCGGGAGCUACUUACCUGAACAUCCAAAGAAGACUGAAAAGAGAAAAAAUCGUAAGCCUUAUUCUUGGCCGGAAGAAAAAGCCAAAAUCGAACGCAUGACACCUGAACAAAAGAAGUACAGAAAGAUUUAUUCAAGAACACGGCAACAAAGGUAUAGUAAUCGAUUGAUGGAAGAAAUUGGUUUUAGUAGUCAUCAUAAUGCACGUUUACACCAGUAUCGCAAUUUAAAAGAAAAAGGUCAAGCAAGUGAAGAACAAUUAGCAUAUUUAAAAAAGUACCAAGAAAAAUCUAAAAAGCAGCAAGAAGCAUUUCAAGCACGAAGGAGGGCAAUGCGCUUGUCGCAGAGGAACAAGAAAGAAUGA